GCGACAAUCACCACGAAAACGCCAAACGACAGCCAUGGCCCCCAAGGCAGACAACAAGCAAGGCAAGACCAGCAAGGCUGGCGCCGCUGCCAAGGCGGUCCGCGCAGGCCUUAACUCGAAGAAGGUCCGCAAGGUCCGUACUUCGACCACCUUCCACCGCCCCAAGACCCUCGAGCUCUCGCGGUCGCCCAAAUACCCCCGCAAGUCCAUCCCCCACGAGGCUCGCCUCGAUGCCCACAAGGUCGUCCUCUAUCCCCUCAACACCGAGAGCGCCAUGAAGAAGAUUGAGGAGAACAACACGCUGGUCUUCAUCGUGGACACCAAGGCCAACAAGCGCCAAAUCAAGCUGGCUCUUAAGAAGCUGUACGACGUUGACACCGUCAAGGUCAACACUCUGAUCAGACCCGAUGGUUUGAAGAAGGCCUUCGCUCGUCUGACCGCUGAUGUUGACGCUCUCGACAUUGCCGCUACUAAGCUGGCGAUUGUUUAAACGGUUCUUUUCCUUUUGGGGGGGGGGCUAGAUGGUUCUUGCGUGGUGAUUUUCUCAAAUAGCAGUCAUACAUCUGGCAGCAAAAGCUUAAAUGCAGGCUGA